UGGAUAUAUUGGCGUUCAAGGUCUGAAAGCAUUAAAAGGAUUUAAUGUAGAGAGUGAAAUUCCUCUAUAUCAUAGCCAAGAUAAAAUAGAAGAGAAUAUUAACAAAUUAAAAAUUUUACUUGAGCACCCUGUGACAGUGGUGAACACAAGUCUUUAUGGGGCACUCAAACAAACUCUUGAGAAUAUUCAUCCUUCAAGUCUUGCAUGGAAAGAGUCUGUAGCAAGCAUGGUUCUUCAUGAUACUUCAGAUAUUGUGAAAAAAUUGAAGCAUAGACAAAAGAGUACCUUUUUAAAACCUCAGGAGAAUAUGAAAUGUGUUGUGCCAGAUUCAGUUGUGGUAAAGCAUGAUGAAUUUGUG